UCGGGUAGCGCCGGGCCGAGCGCGGAGCCAUGCGCUGGGCUGGGACCGGGACCGGGGGCGCGGCGGUGGUGGUGGCGGUGGCGGUGCCGCUGCUGCUGCUGCUGCUGCUCUCUCGGUCCCCGCCUGCCGCCGCCGGCGACGGCAAAAAGAGCGAUGCCAGGCUGGUGUCGGAGCAGUUUUCGCAGGCCCCGCAGAAGCUGGCUUUCUACAGCUGGUAUGGCAGCGCCAGGCUCUUCCACUUCCGGGUGCCCCCAGACACAGUGCUGCUGCGCUGGCUGCUGCAGGUGUCCAGGGGCAGUGGCCCUACCUGCACCAACAUGGAGAUCACUGUGUACUUCCGCUAUGGUGCCCCUCCCGUCAUCAACCCACUGGGCACCAGCUUCCCUGACAACACCUCCGUUCAGCCCUCCUUCCUCCUCAAGAUGCUGCACAGCAACGCCUCCGUCAACAUCUCCCACCCAGCACCCGGGGACUGGUUUGUGGCCGCCCACCUGCCCCCCUCAUCCCAUAAGAUUGAGGUGAAGGGCUUUGUUCCCACCUGUGCCUACAUCUUCCAGCCUGACAUGCUGGUCGUGCGAGUGGUCGAGGUCUCCAUCCUGGAGCCUGACAUGCCCUUUCCACAGACCCUCCUCUCCCACCCCAGCUACCUCAAAGUCUUCGUCCCCGAGUACACCCAAGAGCUGCGGCUGGAGCUGCAGGGCUGUGCAUCCAACGGGAGCCUGGGCUGCCCUGUGCGCCUCACCGUGGGCUCAGCCACCCUGCCUGGAAACUUCCAGAAGGUGCUCACUUGCAGCGGCCCCACCCAGGCCUGCCGCCUGCUGCUGCCCUCACCACCCUGGGACCGGUGGCUGCAAGUGACGGCCAAGAGCCUCGCCGGGCCCCGUGUGUCCGUGGCUUUCAGUGCUGUGGCUGCCCUCACAGCCUGCAGGCCGUGGAGUGUGAACUUCCAGCACCUUCUGCAGAGCAGCCCAAACCAGAGCAGCAACGCCUCCACCAGUCUGCUUCCCCCGACCCCCAGCUACCAGGACCUGGACCGGAGGGGCAGGGUGGGCGGCGGCCCCUUCUGCCUCAGGAGCUUCCCCGUCCUGCGGGAAGACGUGGACGUGGUAUCCGUGCGCUUCCAGCCCCUGGACAGGGUCUCGGUGCUCGUGCAGUCAGACAUGCCCUCGGUGAUGCGGCUGAACCUCAACACGGGCAUGGACAGCGGGGGCUCCCUCACCAUCUCCAUGCGGGUCAACAAGACUGCGAUUGCCAACACCUCAGUGGUAGCCUGUGUGACUGCUGCCUCACCCUUGCUCAGCUUCAACGCUUCGCUCAGCUGCACCACAGCCUUCUUCCAGGGCCACCCCCUGUCUCUGAGUGCCUCUUCUCCCACGGCCAACCUCAUCAUCCCCUACCCAGAGACAGACAACUGGUACCUCUCCCUGCAGCUCAUGUGCCCCGAGAGACCUGAGGAGUGUGAGCAGGCCUCGGUCCUCGUGGAGACCACCUUGUACUUGGUGCCCUGCUUGAAUGACUGUGGACCCUACGGCCAGUGCCUCCUGCUGCGCAGACAUGGCUACUUGUACGCGGGCUGCAGCUGCAAGGCAGGCUGGCGUGGGUGGAGCUGCACAGACAACAGCACAGCCCAGACGGCGGCCCAGCAGAAGGCGGCCGCCCUCUUGCUUACCCUGAGCAACCUCGUGUUCCUGGCCCCCAUCGCCAUCUCCGUGCACCGCUCCCUCCUGGUGGAGGCCUCCGUCUACGCCUACACCAUGUUCUUCUCCACGUUCUACCACGCCUGCGACCAGCCGGGUGAAGCGGUGCUGUGCAUCCUCAACUAUGACACACUGCAGUACUGCGACUUCUUGGGCUCCGGAGUGUCCAUCUGGGUCACCAUCCUUUGCAUGGCCCGGCUGAAGGCCGCCCUGAAAUACGUUCUGUUUCUCCUGGGCGCUCUGGUCUUCGCCAUGUCCUUGCAGCUGGACCGCAGGGCCGCCUGGAACACAAUGGGGCCUUGCCUCUUUGCCAUUGUGGUCAUGGUCACCAUGUGGGUGUACCGCUGUGGGCGCCGGCGCCACUGCUACCCCCCAUCCUGGCAGCGCUGGGUCUUCUACCUCCUGCCCGGCAUCUCCAUGGCCGCUGUGGCCAUCACCAUCUACACUUCCAUGAUGACCAGCGACAACUAUUACUACACCCACAGCAUCUGGCACAUGCUGCUGGCAGGGAGCGCAGCCUUCUUGCUGCCACCACGUGAACAGCACACCAAGCCUUGGGCCUGCUCCCAGAAGCUCACCUGCCACUAUGAGAUCUGCAAGAACCACCGGGACGAGUUGUACACAGUGACAUGACACAGCCAGCUUGGGGACACCUGCAGCUUUGAUGAUCUCUCCAGCCAGGGGCAGGACCAAGGGAGAGGGACCCUGUCCAGAUCCAUUUCCAACUGAAUAAAAUUGCCCUGAGCACUC